UUUAACAUUGUUGUUGCUUUCCAACACUGGACACUGAUCUUGGAAAGUUUGAUACUGAGCUCAAAAUGUUUCCUCUAGACUGGUAAAUAAAGAGCUGUUCAUGCUAACGCUAGAUGUAGCAAUAGUAAAGCUUACAAAUAGCUCAUUUAAACAGAAAAUUAGCUCAAAAUUGAAUUACCUUUGGAAACUAGAGUAUUGUGUAAUGAAUUUGAUUUGUAAUUCAUGUAAUUAAACUAUGUUUGUUUUUAUGUAUCAUAAUCUGUGCACUAACUCCUGCACACAUUGCGCCGUUGUCUUGGUGGUAAAGUCAGUUCCAUAGUGUAAAUAAAGUUUAUUUAAAAAAAGAAAAAAAAAAAAUCUAAAUUAAAGACCGCGGCACCUCCACCUCCAGCUGUAAUUAGUGACUCCACCACCAGCUGUUGACUCGCCCUCCAGCUGUGUUUACUCACUCCGCCUCACCAAGCUGUUAGACACUUUACUUUUUCUUAACUUAUAAGAAACACUUGCACGAGAUGAAACCGAGGAAGCAACAUGUUCUGCUGCUGUGGAUGUUGGUCUGCUCCGGAGGGGCCGAGGCGUCAGAGUACGUCGGCGCCGCAGCUGUGGUCGGCGUUGUUGCGACUCUGGCUGGAGUUGUAUAUAGGUGCCAGAACAUUUACUGCUAUUAUGAGUGCUGUGGACGCCAGUGGAUUUCUUUCAAUUGGCAAGGAUUUGCGGAUGACCUCGACCUCAAACUGUUUGGACAGCACAUCGCAGCACACAGCAUCUUAAAAGCUGUGGAAGGAUUCAUGAGCAAUGCAAACCCCAAGAAGCCUCUGGUGCUCUCUCUGCAUGGAUGGACCGGCACAGGGAAGAACUUUGCUAGUCAGCUGAUUGCUGAAAACAUUUACAAGGAGGGAAUUAAGAGCAGAUUUUUUCAUGUUUUCUCAGCCACACAUCACUUCCCACAUCCAAAACAACAUCUUCAAACUUACAAGCAUCAGUUAAAGCAGUGGCUCAAAGAGGGCAUCGCCGACUGUGAACGCUCCAUGUUCAUUUUUGAUGAGGUGGAUAAGAUGGAUCCUAAAUUGAUGGACAGCAUUAAGCCAUACCUGGACUACUAUGACAAGCUGGAUGGAGUUUCUUAUCAGAAAGCCAUCUUCAUCUUCCUCAGCAAUGAAGGGGGAGACGUCAUCGCUCAGACAGCUUUAGAUUUCAAGAAAGCAGGACGAAGACGGGAGGAUAUCAAGCUCGUAGACCUGGAAACACCGCUUUCUCGAUCACUGUUCGACAACACCCAAAGUGGCUUUUUUCGUUCAAGUUUGAUUUCGAAGAAAAUGGUGGACUACUUCAUCCCGUUCCUGCCUCUGGAGUACAACCACGUCAUCCAGUGUGUCAAGGCUGAGAUGAAAACCAGAGGAAUUUUGCCAAACCCGGAUGUGGCAGAGAGACUGGCCAAAGACUUAGUCUAUUUCCCCAAAUCUGAAAGAAUCUUCUCUACCAUUGGCUGCAAGACGGUAGACAAAAAGUUGCACUUCUACCUUUAAUAUCAAAAUCGGAAGGAUGCUACGUUCGAUCACAAUGUGCACUUUUUUUACAAAGAAAACCUGACUGAACUCUUCAGAUGGCUCUCUGGAGGUUUUUUUGUCUGACCUCGGGGCCAUGAAGAGGGUCAGCACCAAUGUUUCCUCUCGCUUACACUGAAUGAAUGAGCUGAUGAAAGCGCUCAGCGCUAAUUGAAUGAAGAAAUAAUAAGAUUGGAAUAUUAUCCUUUGUAACUGAAUACGGGGUUUGAUCUUUGCUAUUAUGUCAGAAUGAAAGUUUCAAAGAUGGUGCUUUUUUUCCUAUGAGAUUCUUAAUGAAUGCGUCUUGAAACUACGACAGGUCACUGAAUUAGUUUUUUAAUCUGUUGAAGAAAAGUUGCAACUUUUCUGUGAAUCAAUGUGGUUGCUAUAGUUGUUCUGCUGUUUCAUUUUUCAUAUUAUGUUUAACAAAUGUGUUGCUGUGAACAAUGAAUGAAUUGGUGUGAUAACAAUCUAUGAGUUGGCUUUAUGGAACAGCUUAAUCCAUAUUUACUUUAUUAGGAUCAUUCAGCCCAAUUUUCACAAUAAUUCCUGUGUUCAAUAAUUUCAGUUUUCAGUGACAAAACUGACUCAACUGCUUAACUGUUUAUUAUUAUGUGGAAUAUUUUAGUAGUGAGCAAAGACAGGGACAAAAGCAUUAUCUGGUGUCAUAUCAAGUUUAUUUAUAUCAAGUUUAACACAGUAAUCACCUCAUUUUAUUUUCCUCUGAACGUCCAAACACUGUUGUGUUGCAUCCGCGAUCUUCCUGAAAAUCCCAUGAUUUUAAGCCCCUUGCAUGUUGCAGCUUUGUGUUCUUUGUGGUAAUUAAGAGUUACCAGGCACAGUCCGUAUAAAGGUUGAGAGUCUUAUACCAGCAGGACUGCAUUAAUGCAGCCAUCAUUUUCUGGGUUAUUUGUCACCUGGGCAUAUUUAC